UUUUCCUCCUAAGGUGUGUUUGGUGAGUUGUCGAACCUUAGCCCUAUGUACUAUCCCGACAAGUUUGGAUUCCACUUUUGUGCCAUGAGCAUCAUCACAUAUUGUGGACAAUAUUUAUUCAUAGGAAACAUUGUACAGAGCUACAUUAAACUGAUUGUCGUGUUACUAAUGCUAGUGUCUACGGAGGUAGCUUCCAACUAUGAUGACUGUCUCAGAAGCUCAACAAGUAAGGGUUCUCAAAAGCUCCAUCACGGGCAAGAGGAGUGUGGCUCUCAAACUUUCAAAGAUAGUGCUACAGAUGAAGGCAUCCCUUGUGUAGCGUGUGUUAAUGGACAUUUGCUAUCUAGGAAAUGCUACAAGUUUGAAGGGUCGAACCAACAUCAAGGGAAUUCACGGCUCUCCAAUACUUCCAUCUGUUACAGUCUGGAUGGGUACCCUAAUACACGAGGAGAACCAGAACCCCUUCCAACAGAGGACUGUAAUACUUACAACUGCAAGCUUCCAGACUGCUUCUGCCAUGGAGGCUCCCCAAACAUUUCCAGGUCCGCUUUACCUAUGUUCGUGGCCAUCACCUUCGACGACUCAAUCAACCAUGACAGAUAUAACUCGCAGUUUCGACCAUUUUUUGUAGACAACGAUUACAACCUGUACAAUCCCAACGGAUGUGGUCUUAAAACAACACUUUUUGUUUCUCUGGACGCCGGGGACAUUUCGCUAGUAAAGACUUUGUGGGAUGCCGGGAAUGAAAUCGCAGGUCACACUCUUGCUCAUUCGUUGCCUGUCGGAUCAAGUGAAGAUGACUACAUACCCACAAUUGAAGCGAUCGAUGGUAUGCGUAAGAAGCUGCUGGAAGAGAUCGGGGAUUCUCAACUGGUCAACUCCAUCAUUGGAUUUCGCGCCCCGUAUCUGCGUGUGGCAGAAGAAACUCAGUACAAAGUCCUGAAGGACCUCGGGUUUCUGUACGAUUCUUCAUUGGUCUCUACAAGUCUUUACAGAACAAAGAAGCCCAUCUGGCCAUACACUUUGAAUUAUAGGAAUACAGAGGGGUGUGACAACUGGUUUUGCCCUGAAGAUUCAUAUUCGGGUUUCUGGGAAAUCCCGUUGAAUGCUUGGAUAGGUGACGAUGGCUUCUACUGUUGGAUGCUGGACGGGUGCACUGUUGGUCAGUCGAAAGAAGUUGCAACUGUUAAACAGUGGUUUGACUAUUUUCAACGUAACUUUGAGCCCUUCUACGAGACCAAGACGCCAAUGUCUUUCUACACCCACGCCAACAUGUUUGAUUUUUACCCGAACGCGUUUCCCGCCUUCGUCCAGUGGCUGAAACAUGUCACGCGCUCUUACAAGGACGUCUGGUUCGUCACCUUGCAGCAGCUUCUCUUCUGGAUGAAGAGUCCAAUGAGCCACGAGCAAAUGUUGGCCAAGAACUGGGGAUGUUAAAGUAUCUCCAUCGUAGGAUUCUAGAUAUCUGAAUUUGAUGUUUGUUGAAAUAAAGUAGUAUUUGUCUUGUUAAUUUUAAA